AUGCUAGAUGUCGUACGGGCCAUCUCAGACGCGACUAUCAUGUCAUUCGAGCUCCGCUCGCAAGUGGUUAUGAUCUCAUACGAGCUGGCCGUCAUGGCGGAAUUUUCUCGUCAACGGCUUACAAUGUCAACUGCACCUGCGGCGUGGUUGGGAGACUACGCCAAUCAGAUCAUCGAGCGACUGGGAAAGCUCUGGAAGGAUGUAGCGAAGCCGCAACACACCGUCGAACAAUGUUUGUAUGCGCGCCUGGUGGCGAUCACCAACGCAUGGCGAUACAUUCGCCGCGCGGCCGCCGAGCUUUCCGGCUCCAAGAAGCUCAAGCAUACCGAUGUGCAGCUAGCCAGUAUCGGGAAGCGUGCUCCGGUUGGAAGAGAGAAAUUCAAUGCAGAACAUCAAGGCUUUCCCAAAGGAGAAAUCGAAUAUCAUCGCGAACGGGGAGCCCGACCCAUCUGCUGGGACGUCAGAUACUUCCCAGAAGCGAACUCCGGGCAAAUCUUCUUCGCUGCACCUCAUGAGGACACCCGAGGUGGUCCACAUGCCUUUCUCAGUUGUGGCAGACCGUUCAGCUUCACCGUUCCUGAAUGGCAGGGAACGACCAAGUUUACCUGUAUCGAGCAAGUCAGACAAUUUUUGAAAGCAAGAUGCAUGUCCGGUAUGGAAAGUCGCCGGAGUACUGUCGUGACACCAGCUCUCUCAUCCGACGACCUGGCUUGUGUAAUCCAUUGCAGCGAUGCUCCCGCCAAGACACUGAUCGAGCUUGGAAGCUCAUUCGAUGACCUCGGAGAAACAGAUCCCGAUUGGUGGUGGGAAUUGAUGGCAACCUGGCAGUACGCCAUGGAGAAAUUUCUGCCUACUGCACUCCGGGCCAUGUACGAGCAAGAUCUGGAUAGUAAGAUACGGCUGAUGAUGACCGGUAACUUUGAGCUCUACGAGGCAACGACCGAAUAUGGCGGCAUCGGAUACCCUGCAUACUAUGCACAGCGAAACAAGGCUGAGUGGGGAAAGAAUUUCGUCGGACGGUUCACACAGCAGCUGCGGGACGAGUUUCGGACUGAGGAGCCUGAAUGGCCAACUGGAUAUGCCUUCGACUUCUUCCGUCAUGCGGAAAAUCGAUUUCCGAGUAGAAACUGGACCUGGAUACAACCGACUGCCGAAUUUGAGACCCAGGCCAACACACUGGUGGGUUCUUGGUUGGCGAUUGGUGGAGAACCGUUGGAAAAGCGCAUAUCAAUCAUCAAGCGCCAGAUUGGGGAGCGUCGAAUGGAUGAGAAGGCGCGAGACGAGAAGGCUGAGGCAGAUGCUCUGGAGGAACUUGCUGGUAACGCAGAUACUAGCAACGAGUAA